CUCACCUCCUCGGCUCCGCCACCGUUGGCUGUCCUUGUCCACCAUCCCAGUACUUGUUGAGAACACCUGGAUCCACUACCUCGAGAGAUUCUUGGUGCACUAACCCUGCUACCUGCUGACUUGCGAACGCUUGAGAUGCAGUCGACAGAGGCCAGCCUGAAGGCCUUAAUUGCCAAAUUACCACACCCAGCAGACAAGUCGGUUCUUGACCCUCUUGUCACGGAGGCCUUGUCGCGCGCGAAGACAAGCUCAUCUCCUGAGAUCCGGAGAAACCAAUGGGAAUACGCGCUGAAGAAAGAGAUCUUUGCGCUUGCCAUGACGGAAGGUCAGGCGUUGAAGGAGCCCAAUACACGAUAUUACGACAAUCUAUGCGACAGACUCGAUCUCUGUCUUGUAUUCUCCGAACAUGAUGUAUGCGACAAAACCUUCCCCUUCACCGUCCUCUUCGAUCUCCUCGAGACACAAACAAUCGACUCGUGUUCACACAUAUUCAGCUGGAUCGAACACCGUGCAGACCGACUCACCGAGGGCAUGGUCCCCCAGAAAGGCAAGGCACUGGUCCUCCUGCGUACACUUAACGACCUACUCCGACGACUCUCCAAAAUCGGCAACACGACUAUUUUCCCGCUGGGUGAGCGGAGCGGUGUAAAUCUUCGGGGAGAAUACGGCCCCACAUGGGAUGGGCCCGGUGCGAAGAAGGAGGAGGGCGCGGAGGAGCCGGGUCCGGCGAAGAAGGAGGCAGAGGACGAAACGAAGAUGCAGGUCGAUGAGCCCAAGGUAGAAGGUUCUCCGGAGUCGAACAAGAAGAAGUAUCGCGCAGAGUGGUACAACACAUUCUGGUCCCUCCAGCUCCCAUUCUCUCGCCCUCCGCUCUUUGCAGAACAGGGCACCUUCACCCAGUUCAAGGAGGCUGUGAACAGGGUCUUGCCUGUCAUCAAGGAGGCCACUGCCAAGGAGCGUGCGCUCAUGGGUAGCAAGACGAGCGCGGGGCAUCCUUCGUCGCUGAAGCGCAAGCGUGAAUCCGAAGGCGUGGAGGACAGUGCGAAUGGAGAGUACUUCUUCGCCAAGUACCUGACCAGCCCAGACCUGCUAGAGCUAGAGAUCGCAGACACCCACUUCCGGAGACAAUUCCUCUUCCAGCUGCUUAUUCUACUCAACCACCUACUCAUCUUCACGAAGGCUGCUAAGGCGACCUGGUCAAGUACACGAAACCGAUCCCUCCAGAUCGAUUUCACCUUGGACACGACUGAUGCACAAUGGGUCCAAGAAACAGUCGCCAAAGCGACAGAAGAGCUCCGGCAGACAACUCCCAACGGACGCAUGUUCGCUGAGACUGUUCAUGUCAUCCUCGAGCGCGAGAAGAACUGGGUGCGCUGGAAGAACGAGCUGUGUGCACCAUUCGACAAGGAGCCGUGGUCGGAGGAGAUUGAGGUCGACGGGCAGACGAAGAAGGUCGGGCUGGAGGAGGCAACGCGGGAGGUACGCAAGAAGAUGCAUGUAGACACCGAGCCAUGGCCACACAAGCUGAUUUGGGAGAUGGGCUACCGGGAUCUGAUGGACUUAGAGCGGCCGUUCUUGCCCGGAGAGCCGCGCGACUUCUUGAAGAAGAUCAAACAGGAAGACGCGAGGAUAGACAUGAGGAGAAAGCAGUUGCAGAAGCAAGCGGAGCGGGUCGCACAGGCACGGGCGAAGGCAGCAGCAGCAGCCGCUGCUGCGAAGGAAACACCAAAGGAACCCGCCCCUCCUGCGGUAGCCACACCCACACCAGUUUCUGCGCGCAUAUCAUCGUCCACCUCUGCUCCCUUGCAUCCAUCGCUGCCGGCUAAACCAGGGACAAUGCCGGCAUCCCUCUUCCCCGCGCGUAUCUCAACACCCGUACAACCUGCCGCGGCGCCUGCGCCUAACAAACAACGCUGGGCAUGGCUCGCCCUGCGCUCUGGACGAGACUUGUACACAUCGUUCUUCGACAUUGACGUCAUGAACAAGUUCGAGGACUACGUCAAAGUGGUCGAGUCGCCCGGGGACCAUGUCACACGCAAGUUCAGCAUGGCAUCAACGAAUGUGAACGCCGUCGUGGGCAUGGCCGAGCUGGAGGAGAGCGAGGCGAGCCUGAUGGGUGGGCCAGAGGCCAAGGGGGAUAAACCGAAUGGUAGCGUGCCGACCCCGCCGCCCGCGAUCAAGAGGGCGAUACGAGGAUGGAGGAGCGGUGAUCGUGCCCGACAGUCCAUACCCCUGUAAUAUCGGUCCGACGCGCCCUGAGGCCUGGGAUUUGCGGUCUGCGCUCCCCGGUCGACCGAGUCCGAUCUACGGGCCAUGGAAAAACGUUCUAGGUCCCGUGACCUCCAGGCCGCCUCUUCCGUGUUCUCUUGGUGUGAGUCUGGUCGCUGUGUGGGAUGUACAAGCAUCGUCAGUUUGCAAUUACGGACCGUCGGACCAUAGCAGUAGAUUCGUCAGCCCUCUAGAUCUGUAUUUCGUUGCGCGCAUCGUCACUGCUAUGCUACUUCGCUGUGCUUCCGCUGCCCAGAGCCCCCGA